UGCGUCACAAAAGGGGCAGAUAGAGGGUCUCAGUCUUGCUCUUGGGAGAAUAGCGAACGCAGCGGUGAAGGCAGACGCGAAGAGUUGAGAAGAAAAGCGAAGAUGUCACUGGUGGACUACGCAUCUUCAGACGACGACGUUUCGGAGGAGGAAGACGAUAAAAACAAGGAAAACGAGCCAGCACAAGCACCCAUGGAGGAGCCCCACCCUCCCUCUCGUUCUCAACCCCAAUCUGUUGUUUCAUCGUAUCAGCGGCCUGAAAGUGCUGCCCAUUUAUCAGCUCCAUCGGUCCAGAAACUUCCAGAUGCUUCACAACUCUUUGAUUCUCCUGACUUCUCACCCAAUAUGAUGAGUGGUAGCUACCAUUCUUCUCAUGUUGGAGGUGAAAGUGCAUCACGCAAAAGAGAGUCAAACUCAAUUGCUUCCUCUAUUCCCCGCAGUAAAGUUCCUAGAGGUAAUUUGCCCCAUUCCAGGAAUGUUCCAGAUACUCUUGGUGGGAUGCUGGUUCCACCUCAGCUUAAUGGAAGGAGCAAUGUUGUCACAGAAGAUGUCAGCAAGCUAUUUGUCAAGAAGCCAGUUGGCGGUUCACCACAGUAAAGGAUAUCAUCUAUGUGUGAGACUGAGGGGUGUGAGACUGAGGGGGUAGUUGUAGUCUUAGAUAAUGACACUAUCAUAUCUGACUGACUUUUGCUUUUGUAAAAUGUCAAGAAUAUUAGAGAACCCUUUUAUUAUAUUUACAUAUUAGACUCUGGACAAUGUGCUACAAUAUUUGACGUGUUACUCGCUUGAUGAACUAUUACAUUGUAGCAUCAUCGAGACAAUGACAUAUCCCAAGUUUUCAGCUAUUAAUGAUAGAUUUUCAUCUAUAAGCACUUAUGAAG